CAUUCUCUUCAACAAAGCAUCUCCUAACCCUCACCUAUAUUUCUCAUUUCUCUCAAUCAAUCAAAAAAAGACAACUACCAAACUUUCAUAAACACAUCUAUAAGACUAUAACCAAGUUUCCAACUCCCAAGUCCUAUACACACAAAGUCACAGACUCGAUCAUAUCCCAUAGUAGACACUCUCUCUCUCUCUCUCUCUGUGUGACAGGGUCUAAUGGCUAUUUGCUCCACCAAGUUUGUGUUCCUUCUCUUCCUCCUCUCAGCCAUACCCAUCGCCUACCUCAUCUCUCUCGAGCUCGCCACCCCUCCAACCCACGUGUACCACUACCACAGCUCCGGCUGGUUCCGCGAGUGUGCCAAGUGGGACCAUCUCAACAGUCGAUUCCUCGUCUCUUUCCUGGAGGGUGGUGUGGCCCAGCUCUCUCUUCCCAAAGGCGGUGAUGACUCCACCGUGACCGUGUUGGAGGAGCUCACCGUCAUCAAAGACGUUGACUUGGCCGGAAAUGGGUCCCUCGGUAUCGUCGUUGACCAUCAGAGGAAUCGUCUCUUAGUAGUCUCCGCCGAUGUCAUUGGGAACAAGUAUGGCGCUCUCGCCGCCUAUGAUUUGUCCACGUGGCAGCGAUUAUUUCUCACCCACCUGAGUGCUCCAAGUGAUGGGAAAUCUUUUGCGGAUGAUGUAGCAGUUGAUGCAGAAGGCAAUGCAUAUGUCACUGAUGCACAAGGUGGUAAACUUUGGAAGGUUGGGGUUGAUGGCCAGUUCCUAUCUAUCAUUAAAAACCCACUCUUCACUCCAAAGGAGUGGUACAAAAACUUGGUUGGACUUAAUGGAAUUGUUUACCAUCCAGAUGGUUAUUUGAUCGUAAUCCAUACAUUUAGUGGCAAUUUGUUUAAGAUUGAUUUAGCAAGUGGAGAGGAAGUUAAGUUGGUCAAGGUGGUUGGAGGGCCAUUGACAUUUGGGGAUGGUUUGGAAUUAGUCUCUCCAACCAAGCUUGUAGUUGCAGGGACUACUGCGAGAUUAGUGGAGAGCUCUGACGGGUGGGAGACGGCUUCCAUUGCAGCAACAUUCUCCGGGCCUAAGCAUCGAUUGGCCACAUCCGCGACUGUGAAGGAUGGGAAGGUGUAUCUCAGUCACCUCCUAGGCAUGGGGUACCCUAAGAAGAAGCAUGCUAUUGUUGAGGCGGUUUUUUCUGCUUGAAAUUAAAGGGGGAUGUAGUUGUAUUGUGUUGUGCACGGAUUUGGAAUUGUAAUGUAACAGUAAUUUACCUUUUCAAUUUUUGAGUAAUUUCUUUCCUUACCCCA